UUGGUGGGAGGAGCCAGUCGCUGUAAAGGAACACUGGAGGUGAAUCAAGGAGAAUGGAGACCAGUAGAUUACCAUGGAUGGAACCUGAAGGCAGCAGCAGACUCCAUCAGGCUGGUGGGUGGGUCUGGUCUGUGCUCAGGCAGACUGGAGGUGAGGUCUAACCAGUCUAACCAGUGGUCCUCAGUGUGUGAAGAGGACUUUGACCAGCAGGAUGCAGAGGUGGUCUGUAGGGAGCUUGGCUGUGGGGCUCCUUCAGUCCUCCGGGGGGCGCUCUAUGGAGAAGUGGAGGCUCCAAUGUGGACCAAAGGGUUCCAGUGUGGAGGCCAUGAGUCUGCUCUCCUGGACUGUAGAAGCUCAGGCUCAGAGAGAAACACCUGCUCACCUGGUAAAGCUGUUGGACUCACCUGCUCAGAACCUGUGAGGUUGGUGGGAGGAGCCAGUCGCUGUGAAGGUACACUGGAGGUGAAUCAAGGAGAAUGGAGACCAGUAGAUGGCUUUAUGUGGAACCUGAAGGAAGCAGAUGUUCUCUGUAGACAUCUGGACUGUGGCUCUGCUGUUUCUAUCAGAGACAGAGAGGAGUCCUCAGAGAGAUCUGUGUGGAGGAUUCACUCUGACUGUCUUCAGUCUGGAUCUGCUGUGAGUGAAUGUUUAUCAUCAGAUAACUCUUCCUCCAUCCUGGAUCUCACC